AAGUAACUGUGAGAGGUGCUGCCUUGAACCCGCCCGACGCUCCCGAACUGCUUCACUUGCAACCGUCUGGAGUCCUUCCGUGUCUAACCCUGCCCCGUCAAGAGUUGGAAUCUGAGAAGGAGGACUUCACCUCGCAGUCACCCCCUGAGGCACCAUGGUUGCGUCGAAGGAAGAGGCUGUGGCCUUCAAGAAUCAGGGCAAUGAUGCCUUCAAGAAGCAGGACUGGAUCGAGGCCAUCGACUACUACUCCAAGGCCAUCGAUGCAUACUCCGAGGAUCCCUCGUUCUAUACGAACCGCGCCCAGGCAUAUAUCAAGACUGAGAUGUAUGGGCUGGCUAUUGCAGAUGCGGACAGUGCCAUUGCGUUAGACCCGGAGAAUGUGAAGGCAUACUAUAGAAGGGCGUCGGCCAAUACAGCCAUACUACACCACUCCGAUGCACUGCGAGACUGGAAGCUCGUAGUCAAGAAGGCUCCCAAGGAUUCGGCCGCUCGCAUGCGUAUGGUCGAGUGCGACAAGGUGGUCAAACGCGAUGCGUUCCUCAAAGCUAUUGAGAUUGAGGACGCACCGAGCGCGGCUGAGGGCUUGGAUCUGGAGCAUAUGGCGCUGGAGCAGAACUAUGAUGGUGUGAAGCUUGAGGAGCAGAUAACGCCCGAGUUUGUUGAGGACAUGAUAGACAGGUUCAAGAAUGGGAAGAAGCUGGCGAGGAAAUACGUCUUCCAGAUCAUAUUAGCGGUCAAGAAGAUUGUGUAUGAUGAGCCGACGAUGGUUGAGGUCGAAGUGGAACAAGGGAAGACUAUCACAGUCUGUGGAGAUACUCAUGGCCAAUUCUUCGACUUGCUCAACAUUUUCAAGCUCAAUGGAUUCCCGAGCGAAACCAAUGGCUACUUGUUCAACGGCGACUUUGUGGACCGUGGCUCCUGGUCCACUGAAGUUUGCCUGCUCCUAUACGCCUACAAAUGGUUGUAUCCGACAAGUUUCUUCCUGAACCGCGGCAACCACGAGACAGAUGACAUGAACCGCAUGUACGGCUUCGAAGGCGAAUGCCGCGCCAAGUACAACGAGCGCGUCUUCAAGGUUUUCUCCGAAUCUUUUUCUGCCCUACCCCUUGCGACUCUCAUCGGCAAGAAGCACUUUGUCCUCCAUGGCGGUCUCUUCUCCGACGACGCCGUCUCACUCGACGACGUCCGCAAGCUAAACCGCCACAAGCAACGCCAGCCAGGCCAGUCUGGUCUCAUGAUGGAGAUGCUCUGGACAGACCCGCAGCCCAAUCCCGGACGUGGCCCCAGCAAGCGUGGUGUGGGUAUGCAGUUCGGGCCGGAUGUCACGAAGCGCUUCUGCGAGGCCAAUGGUCUUGAGACCGUCAUCCGCAGUCACGAGGUCCGAAUGGAGGGCUACGAAGUUGAGCAUGAUGGACGAUGUGUUACCGUCUUCAGCGCUCCUCAUUAUUGCGAUAAUACCGGCAACAAGGGCGCCUUCAUCAACAUCGGGCCGGAAUUGAAGCUCAAAUUCAAUCAAUUCGAGGCUGUGCCGCAUCCAGACAUCAAACCGAUGGCUUACGCCUCGAACGGGCUGAGCGGGCUGAUCUAGACGCGCGAUCGCAGGGGACAUACGAAAGCGCUGAAAAUGAUGGGAAGAAACAAGUCUUGCAUAGCCCAUUGGUGUUAGCGGCGUAGGCAUGGGAUCAUUGCAUAGGUACCUCAGAUUGUUGGGGUGCCGGUGGCACAUCUGUUUCGGUAUAUCUUGGGAAUCAUUCAGACUAGGAACGAGGAGUUCGGAAUUGUAUCAUAGGGGUAGUUGGAUGAUGGGCUGGAGUAUAUAGGCCCUGCGUAGAUAAAGAUGAAUGUACUGAAGGUACUCAGCUCG